AUUUAAACUAAGUCACUUCCAUGUAAACUGAAACAAUUUUUCAGGCCCGAAACCCUCUCAUUCUACCCCGAACUGAUGCUGAAAAGCGCCGGCUUGCACCCUUAUACCAAGCUGAAAAUUGUCAAAUUUUUCUACCACCACUAUCUCAAUUUAUUCUUUUUCAUUUUUCUACUAUUUUUGGCAAUUUUGGAAGUUGGCGUUUCAGUCAAGUGCGACAUUUAUCGCGCUAUUGAAGCGCUGUCUUCAGUUUUGUUCAUGACCUUGACACUCUUUCGCUACGUCGUCAAUUAUCGCAAUAAACCAUCCCUUGCCUGGCUGUUGGAAAAGCGCUCAAACUUCUGGCUUUUGGAGCACUUUGAGGGCCAAAUUCGCACCGAUUGUGCCAAAAUAAUGCACACAAGCUCGAAUUUUAUCCGAAAUUACAAAAAUUAUGCCAUAGUUUUAGCCGCAGUUUUUUAUGUCCAGCCGUUUAUUUUCCACGAACUCCAAAUGAAAAUCUACGUGCCUGAAGGGUGGUUUUACUACUUGUAUUUGGUUUAUUGGUACAUGACACCGCCUUUGUUCGUCAGUGUUUACGGAGUCACUUCGAUGUUUUGCGCUAUUUGUAUUCCAGUCACAAUUCAGUUCAAACUUUUGGCUCAUCGUAUCCAAAAUUUGGACUUCAAAAGCGAAAAGUUUCAACGUGAUUUGAAACAUUUGGUCGAUUAUCAUAACUUUCUGAUUGAUUAUUGCACGAGAAUUAAUCGGUAUUCGAACGGGGUGCUACUUUUUGAGUUUUUUAUCACGAUUUCAGUUUGUUGUAUUUUGAUUUUUAUCGCUGCAAACGAUUAUCCGUUCGUAGAUAAAAUCAAGUAUGCAGGUUUUAUCGUGAGUCAGUUUUUGGAUACUGCCAUCUUUUGCUACAAUUGUGAACUAAUCUCAGACGCUUCAGAGAACGUCGGUAAAGCAGCUUACGACUCAUUAUGGUACGAAUCCGAAAGCAAAAUUCGCCGAAGUUUGAUCUUAAUUAUCGUACGAGCCCAAAAAAAAGUCACUUUCAGUGGCUACGGACUGGUCCGAAUCAAUAUGAUGACGUUCACACAAGUUUUUAAAGCCACUCUCUCCUUCACCAGUUACUUAAAUACGGUCACAGUGGAUGAAAAAAUGCUAAAUAAUUGAAACAACACACGGAUGUCACUAUCGAUCACUUAAUUACACA